AUGGCUCUCCACGGCGAGGAAGCGUAUGAGCGCAAGCUGCGCCCGCUGUAUGACGCUCUGGACGCCCGCAGCUACAAGCAAGCUGUCAAACUGGCUGAUGUGGUCCUCAAGAAGUACAAGAAUGACCAGCUGGCGCGGGCGCUCAAGGGUUACGCCCUGUACCACACUGGCAAGCACCAGGAGGCGCUGCAGCUGAUGCGCGACAUUGUGGCUGAGGGCCCCGAAGCGGAGCGAGUGGCGUACGCUGCUGCUGCUGAGAAGCACCCGCGCGACACUGACAUCCUGGCGGGGCUGUUUAAGUCGUAUGUGAGGGAGUUCAACUUUGUGAAGCAGCAGCAGGUGGCGAUGAAGCUGUCCAAGCUGGUGGCCAGCAGCCCCGACAACAAGUGCGGCUGGUGGAUAGUGUGCUCGCUGGCCCUCCAGGCCCGCGCCGCGCUCCUGCACCAAGACCAGCACGGCAAUCCGCUGGCGGCAGGCGGCGGGCUGGCCCCCGACAAGCUGCUGCAGCUGGCGGAGACGAUGGCGGCGCGGCAGGCGGCCGCCGCCGUUCAGCACGCACCCGCGCAGCCGCAGCAGGCGCAACCGCAGGUGGCGGUGGGCCUGAGCUAUGAGGCCCUUCUGCUCUACCUGGACAUACUUCAGGGGCAGGGCAAGGCGCAGCAGGCGCUGGAGGUGGUUGAGGGCCCGCUGGGCGGCGCCGUGCCGCUGCCCGCAGACCGGCUGCAGCUUCGGGCCGCGGCCCUGGUUCGCGCAGGGGACCUGCCCGCCGCGGCCGCCUGCUACCGGCAGGCCGUGCAGGCGGCCCCCGACGAUUGGCUGUCCUGGCAGCUCUACUUGGAUUGCUUGCUGCCCGGCAGCAGCGGCGGGCCCAGCGGCAGCCGCUUUCCUGUCGGCGUGGUUGGCGGACUGGCUGACAUCUGGGACCGGCGGAUGCAGCAGCAGCAGCAGCAGCAGCAGCCAGCGGGGGGUGGCAUCGGCGACGACGCGGCGGCGGCGCUGGCGGCGGCAAAGGAAAGCAUGCGUCAGCUCAGCGCUGAGGUGGCGCCCAGCGACAGCUGGCGGGCGCAGCUGGACAACGGCGUGCUGAGAGCGCCGCACCUCUGGCGCUGCGAGCUGCUGCUUCGCCGGCAGCGCCUGGCGGGGGCCGCCGAUGGUCACACAGACACGGUGCCAGCUUCGGAGGAGCAGCAGCAGGAGCUGGCAGCAGCGGUGGGCGAGGCUUUUCCCAUGCUGGCAGCCAACUUUAGCUGCGUCAGCGACCUGCGAGCCUACCUGGCCACCCUGUCUGGCACAGCGGCCGAGCAGCUGGCGACGGCAGUGCACCGCCAGGCCGCAGAGCUAAACGCACAGGACGCAGCCAACAGCAGUGCCGGCGUGGGCGGCAGCACCGGGAACAGUUCUGCAGCAGCCAAUGGCGGCGGCGGUGGCGGCGUGUCUGGGGAGGUGCGGCGGCUGCAGCGGCUGGUCAACGCCCACCAGAUUGAGCAGGAGCUGGGUCUGCCUCGCUUUGCGGCGCCUGACGAGGCUGUGGCGCAUGCACGCUGUCUUCUGGACCUGUACCGCCGCCACAUGCACCUGUCAGCGGGGCUGGACGAGAAGGAGCGAGGGUAUGGAGAGGAGCUGGUGGCGGGCGCGGUGGAAUCGUUGAUGGCGGCCGCCGUGCUGGAGACGGCGGCGGCGGCGCCGGCGCAGGCGGCGGGGCCAGGGGCGGCUCCGCCGCCGGAGCGCGCCCUCGCCCGCAUGGUGCAGGCAGUGCUGGUGCUGGAGGCGGCGCAGCAGCGGCGCAAGGUGUCGGCACCGCUGCGCCUGGCAGCCACGGCGCUGUACAGCCUGCUGGGUGCACCCAAGCUGGCCGCCGCCCAGUUUGCUGCCCUGGACAUCAAGAGCAUCCUGCACGACUCGAUGACAGGCCACUGGAUGCUGCCACUGCUGCCGGGCGGCGCCACCGCCGCCGCCUACCUGCGCUGGUGA